CACGCAGGGGACCCAGAGGUGGAGGUGGGGGGGCCAGAGGGGGGAGUGGUUUUCCCUGCCAGUAUAUAGUGAAGACGGAGUCUGACAGUGGCAGAUCCUGUGAGUGAGACAGCAGGGGAGGCUGACUCUACGAUUUUGAUCUUUAUUAUUAUUUUCAAACCCAAACCUCUUCUUCCACCUGUGAACAACUCCCCUGAGCAGCACAGCAACGAGGCCUUUGUCGGAUUACAAAACCUGGAUUCUUCUUUCCACUCCUGACUCAUCAUGAAGCUGGCGCUUUUGACCGUUUCCAUGUUGCUCCUGGUGGUGGCUGAGGGUACUGCAGACAGAAUCCUGUCCAGGAGGACCAAGAGGGACCUGGCCAGUCCACUCCAUGUUGGUGGUAUUAGAGACCCAUUUGGCUCCUACUGCCAAAGGAGAGGAGGCUGCUGCCCGGGCAGAGACGACCAGUGCACAGUGCCUUACCUGGACACUAUCUGCUACUGCGAUCUGUUCUGCAACCGCACCGUGUCUGACUGCUGCCCAGAUUUCUGGAAUCACUGUUUGGGUGUGCAGCCACCUUUCAUUGGCACCUGUGAUAGAAAUGGACACAGGUUCUUUUCAGGGCAGACGUACAAAGAGAACUGCAACCUAUGUACGUGUGGAACAACAGGCCGAUGGGAGUGUGAGCAGGACGCUUGUUUGAUGGAGUCUGACAUGAUUAAUGGCAUCAAUAGAGGGAACUAUGGGUGGAGAGCAUCUAACUACAGCCAGUUGUACGGCAUGACUCUGGAUGAGGGAAUCAAGUACCGCCUGGGAACACAGAGACCCUCCAAGACGAUCAUGAACAUGAAUGAGAUGCAGAUGAACAUGGAUCCUCAGAACGAACAACUGCCGCAGUACUUCAACUCCACAGAGAAGUGGCCGGGGAAAAUCCACGAACCCCUGGACCAGGGCAACUGUGCAGCUUCAUGGGCUUUCUCAACUGCUGCUGUGGCUUCAGACCGAAUUUCCAUCCAGUCAAUGGGUCACAUGACCCCUCAGCUGUCACCACAGAAUCUUAUUUCUUGUGACACACGCAACCAGGGAGGCUGUGCUGGAGGACGCAUUGAUGGAGCCUGGUGGUACCUCAGACGUAGAGGAGUGGUAACAGAAGACUGUUACCCCUACCUGCCCCCUCAGCAGACCCCUGCAGAGGCGAGCCGCUGCAUGAUGCAGAGCCGCUCGAUUGGUCGGGGGAAGAGACAGGCCACGCAACGCUGUCCUAACAGUCACAACUACCACAACGACAUCUACCAGUCCACACCACCAUACAGGCUCUCCACCAACGAAAAAGAGAUUAUGAAGGAGAUUAAGGAAAAUGGCCCUGUGCAAGCUAUUAUGGAGGUCCACGAGGACUUCUUUGUUUACAAGAGUGGGAUCUACAAACACACUGACGUCAGCUUUACCAAACCUCCACAGUAUCGCAAACACGGGACACACUCGGUCAGAAUCACUGGGUGGGGAGAGGAGAAAAACUACGAUGGGACAGCAAGAAAAUAUUGGAUUGCUGCCAACUCCUGGGGGAAGAACUGGGGAGAGAAUGGUUUCUUCCGUAUCGCUCGUGGGGAGAAUGAGUGUGAGAUUGAGGCAUUUGUGAUUGGAGUGUGGGGCAGGAUCACGAUGGAGGACAUGCACAAACAUCCCCACCACCAUCGUCGCCGACAUAUUUAGAGACACAGUUUUGUUUUACCCCACUUUCAGAUGGCUGUUGGAGGAGAAACUCAACAAGAAUAUGAGAACGUCAUCGUUCAAGACUUUCCCCUUUUGUACUGAGCUGAACGCAGCAGCAACCAAAACAACCGUAAAGCCUGGAGAUUGUUCUCCUGUUCUUCAUUCCUCACUCUGGGAAUUAAUGCAACUCCUCCUCUCCCAUGAGUCUCCCCUUUUUAAGAGUAACCUCCCAUUUCCCAAUGUUUAAAUAAAGCCAAAACAUAGAAAACCCUUAGCUAACGCUUUAUGAAGUUGCCUUGAAAUGAGAGACCUCAGGUAUCGACUCACCCAAAGACCACUCUGCUCAGAAUCCUCAGUAAUGAAACAUGGUCACCUCACGUUGGCUGAUGGCGCAAGGAGAAUCUCAGUCAGUUUUUUUUUUUUUUUUUAUGGUUUCAAGUGUUAAUGUGAACCUUCGGUCUUUUCUGUCUCUUAAGUCUUUAAUCCAGAUGGACAGAGUUACAGAAAGGCACCGAAAGGAAGAAAUGUGAGACAUCAAAUCCUUUUAAAGCAACACACUCACACACAACCACCUCACACUAGUAACGUGAUCAUAUCCCACAUACAUGAUCCCACUUACAUUCACCUGUCAUGGCCACAGUCUGAUUUAGUCAGAGAUAAAAGGAUGGAGUUUGUAGCUGGAGGCGAGAAAGAUGAGGUGAAAAAAAAGAAAGGACUAGAAGACAACCCAAAUGUGGGUUAAAUAUUCCAAACAUAUCACACAGAUAAUGACUGAAAACAUAUGACUUAAUAUUGAGAUAACUUACCUUUAGUUACCAAAUUAGGUAUUUUUAAAUAUUUUAUCCACAGAAACUGCCAAUUCUGACCUUCGUUGUAAUGUAUUAUAUUCAAAAACAGUGUUUGGGUUUUGGGGGGUGGGCUAUAACAUAAACAUGAGACCACAAACAAAGGAGAGUUGUUUGCAACACAGAUGAUAUUGUGUAUUAAAGUCUUAAAGUGCGUUUUUCUUUUUCCUCUGUACACUGUUACAAUGUUGAGCUAUUUUGUCAGUAAUACUUUAUAGGUUUAUUUUUCAUUGCUACAUGUUUGAUGUUGGAGGACAGUGCUGCCAAAUCUGUCUGUAGUUUGUGUUUCAUAGAGAACAAGUGGCGUCUCACGAAUGCUGAAAAACGAUUUGACAGCCUGCAGAUUAGCUCCUCCUACAGUUUUAUAUAUUCAUACAAAAUAUUGUGUGCCUGUUCUGGUGGACAUUUGAUGUGAUCAUACACCUCAGAUGUCUUGACUGAAGUUUUGUUUCCAGAUCUUUACUUUUAAAGUAGGCAGGUGUGUUAUUACUACUUGCCUUACAUUACGUCUACAUGUCCGUUAGGUCUGACUUAAAAAGGCUCAUCUCUUUCUGUCUGGUCUUGUGAUCUCAGAAGUCGGUGCCUUUCCAAGGAAGGGAUCAGAAGAUCGACUUAAAAGCAAAGAGAAAUGCCUGCAUGGACACACAAUGUGCAAUGUGCUCGAGGGGCUUCACAUAGAUCAGUAGUUGUUGCAUAUUUCUCAUGCUGCGUAGUGAAUAUUGCUAGACUACAAGGCUCUCCUUCAUUUCCCUGCAGCAGGUGCUAGAAAUCCAGUACGAAGAUGCUGCUCCGUCAGUUGAAUGUGCUCACACAAAAUUAUUGUUUUGUGUAAAUCUGAUUCUACACAUCUGUAAAACAUUGUUCUGCAGGAACAGCAAUACAUGUAGUUCUUCACAAUAGUAAUUUAGUGUUUUGUUUUGGGUUUUUUUUUAUUUAAAUCACUUUUAACACAAACUUCUUGGUCAGUUAAUUCCAACUGGACAGAUUGAGAUGACGCUCCACUGAUCUGGAUAGUAUGGUACUGAUCACCAACUAUUGUGUGGAACCGUACACUUCUUUACAGCUGUAUUCUUUAGAGAGGGACCAUAUGACCAAUGAAAAUACAAAGAAACAGUACAGCAAAAACAAUGUGAAACAAGAUUUUCAAGCUUUUGUUCCUGCUGGUUAAUUAACUAAAUAGUUAGUUGGUAAUUAACUUAGCAACAGUUACUUUUUGUACUUGAUAUUUUCUAGUUAGGAGCCGGGUGGCAAUUUAUGAACCUUAGGACAAAAAUGAUCAGGGCCACAGUUAGAAGUCUAGAGAUCUGAGAACUUUGUUUGCCUUUGAAAACGUGUGCCUUUUAUUCAAAUUCAAAACACAAUGACUACAGGAGCAGUUUUACCUCUACUCCAUAGAAUCCCAUGGUUGCCUUCAGCUUUUGUUCCAGCUCUGUUCGCUGGACAGUUAGGCCAUUCACAUAUGUAAGAUAAACCACUUAUUUACUGAUGUCUAGAUUUUUAUUUAUAAAAAAGAUGCUAAAUAUAUGUCUAUUCUUUUAUUCUUUUGCAAAUGUUUUGCUGUCUCAUGUAUUGUCUGCACUUAAUGCAAUACUACUCUAGCAUUUACUUAUGCAGCACAAUAAAGUCUGUCUGAAAGUGCUAG